UAUUAUUCAGUCAGCAGCAACAACUGCAGCUGUUUUUGUCUUAAAGCAGCAGCUGGUCUCUGGAUGAACCAUCUCUGAUUGACAUCAUGGAUACUGCAGCACCUGUGACAGGUGAUGAGCAGCCUGUCAAGCGCUGUGACAGCUUUGAACUUCUGCCUCCUCACAUGUCUGAGCUGAGGGUUGUUCUGCUGGGGAACAGCUGGUCUGAGAGGAGUUCAGUGGGGAACUUCAUCCUGGGAGAGACUGAGUUCAACACUGAGGAAGAACCAGACUGCUGUCAGAGAGUCAGUGGACAGCUGAAGGAGAAAGAAAUAGUUCUCAUCAACACCCCAGAUCUGCUUCAUUACAACAUCUCUGAACACAAACUGACAGAACAUAUGAAAAGUGUUGUGAGUCUCUCGGUCCCUGGACCUCAUGUGUUCCUGCUGGUUCUACAGCCUGAAGACUUCACUGAGGAACAGAAACUGAAGCUCUGCAGAGUCCUGAAACUCUUCAGUGAUCGAUCAUGUGAUCAUUCACUGGUUCUGAUCUCAACACCCAGAGAGGAGCAGCCAGGCUUCAUGGAGAAGUACAGUCAGCAUCCACCGUUAAAAGACAUGAUCAAAACAUGUAGGUACAGACACUUGUGGCAGAAGAACCUUGAACUUUCAGAGCUGUUAACACGCUUGGGUCAAACUGCAAAGGAAAACAAUGGAGAUCAUCUGAGCUGUGAUGUGUUUGAGGAUGAGGAUCCAGGUUUAACCAUGACACUAAAGUCUGAACACAUGAAACCAGCUUUAAACCUGGUUCUGUGUGGGAGGAGAGGAGCAGGGAAGACUUCAGCAGCCGAGGCCAUUUUAGGUCAGACAGAGCUUCAUUCAGUCUCCAGCUCAUCAGAGUGUGUUAAACAUCAGGGAGAGGUGAGAGGACGUCAGGUUUCCCUGGUGGAGCUUCCUGCCUUGUAUGGAAAACCUCAGGAGGAACUGAUGAAGGAAUCGUUCAGGUGUAUCUCCCUCUGUGAUCCUGAGGGCGUCCAUGCCUUCAUCCUGGUCCUACCUGUGGGUCCCCUCACUGAUGAAGACAAGGGAGAGUUAGAGACCAUCCAGAACUCAUUCAGCUCUCCAGUCAAUGACUUCACCAUGAUUCUGUUCACUGUGGAAGACAUCCAGGAGCUGCUUCAGAGCUGUGGAGGAAGAUCUGUUGUUGUCAACAUCAAGAACAAACAUCAGAUCUCUGAGGUGUUGGAUAGUUUAGAAAAAAUGAGACCCGACAAAGAAAAACCAUCCAGCUACACAACUGAGACAUUUGCACUUGCACAAAUAGGGAAGAUCAUCACACUGCAGACUGACCUUGAGAACAGGAGAACAAAAGGCAAAGUCACUUGUGAUGAUAAGAACCAGAGUCCAGAGUGUCUCAGGAUCGUGCUGAUAGGAAAGACUGGUAAUGGAAAGAGCGCUACAGGAAACACCAUUCUGGGAAGAAAAGAGUUUAAAGCUGAAUCAUGUCAAACAUCAGUCACCAAAUAUUGUCAGAAAGCACAGAGUGAAGUGGACGGUCGUCCUGUUGUUGUGGUCGACACUCCUGGUCUGUUUGACAAUAGUUUGUCUCAUGAACAGGUUAAUGAGGAGAUGGUGAAGUGCAUCAGUCUUCUGGCUCCAGGACCACAUGUCUUCCUGUUGGUGUUACAGAUCGGACGACUCACACCAGAGGAGAAGGAGACGCUGAAACUCAUUAAGAAAGUCUUUGGGAAGAAUUCUGGAGAGUUCACCAUCAUUCUUUUCACAAGAGGAGAUUCACUGGAACAAGAGGAGCUGUCGAUUGAAGAAUACAUCAAAAAUAAAUGUGACGAUUCCUUUAAGAAGCUGAUCUCUGACUGUGGAGGAAGAUGCCAUGUGUUUAACAACUAUGAUAAACACAAUCGUACACAAGUCAGUGAGCUGAUAAACAAGAUCGACACCAUGCUGAAGAGAAAUAGAGGCAGCUGCUACACUAAUGAGAUGCUGCAAGAGGCUGAAGCAGCGAUACAGAAAGAAGUGAAGAAGAUCCUGAAGGAGAAGGAAGAAGAGAUGAAGAGAGAGAGGGAGGAACUAGAAAGAAAACAUGAGGAAGAAAAGGAAGACAUGAAAAGAAGAAUGGAAGAAGAGAGAGCAAAAACUGAACAAGAGAGAAAACUGAGAGAUGAACAACUCAAGGAAAUGCAGGAGAAGAUAAAGAAGGAGCGUGAGCAGACACAGAAAGAACAGGAG